AUGAUGUCAACUAUCCUCUUUUAUCUACCAUUUUCUCCCUCUGAGACAUUAAAUACACGCCAUCCCAAAAUUGGAAGAACUAUGGCUUUUGUGUGCUGGAUCUCACAGGAAACAGGACUGCGUGAGAAGCAUAAACAAGAACUCAAGAAUAUGACAUUAAUAGCACAACCUUUCAAAACAUUGAAGCUUUUUAUAGUGGUUGUUCUUCAGUAUAUAACAAGAUCACUGCAUGUUGAAGAGCUUCUUGAAUAUGCAAGGUUUGGACUGUGGUGGGUAGCUCUUGGUGUUGCAUCUUCCAUUGGUCUUGGGUCUGGGCUGCACACUUUUGUUCUAUAUCUGGGUCCCCACAUUGCUUUCUUCACAAUAAAAGCAAUGCAGUGUGGUCGGGUGGAUCUUAAAAGUGUUGUUUAUGAUACAAUAAAGUUAAACAGAAGCCCUACAUGGCUUCAAAAGGAUUGUUCAAACUUUGGGCCUCCAUUGUUUUUUUAUCCUCUCAAGGUGUUCAGGUUCCACUUAGCAGCAUUUUGA